CAAUUAAAGCACUUAAAUUCAUAGCUUCAAAAAAACCCCUAUUAAACAUCAUCUAGCAAGCAAAGAUGGCCAAAGCCAGCAGCUCCUCAAAUUCAAGCAGCAUGACAGACAAAACAUUGACAGGUGUGGGCAACCUCAUCAAGCUCCUUCCAACUGGGACAGUGUUCUUGUUCCAGUUCCUCAACCCUGUGCUAACCAACAAUGGCAAAUGCCACACCGUCAACAAGUACUUAUCUGGCACACUCAUUGCCCUUUCCGGCUUCUCUUGCUGCUUCUCUUCAUUCACAGACAGCUACACUGACAGCAACGGAGACACCCACUAUGGCAUUGCGACGGCCAAGGGUCUCUGGCCGUCGGAGGGGUCCGUGGACUUGUCCAAAUAUAAACUCCGAUUCGCGGACUUUGUUCACGCCUUCUUUUCGUUGAUUGUGUUUGCUAUGGUUGGGCUUUUGGAUUCGAACACGGUGGAGUGCUUCUACCCGUCUUUCGAGUCGAAUGAGAAGGUUUUGCUGAUGGUGUUGCCUCCUGUUAUUGGUGCAGUCUCCGGCUCGGUGUUCAUGAUUUUCCCAAACAAGCGCCAUGGUAUAGGGUACCCCUCCUCAACCCAGAGUUCUUAGUAUUGUGGUGAUUGAUCUUUUUCUUCUCUUUUCUCUCUCUCCUGUCAGAAAAUAAAAAAUAAAAAAUAAAAAAAAAUGAGAGGGAAGGGUUGUGGAUAAUAUAUGUUUGUUAUAUUAUGCAUUAAUUUAUCAAUAAAUGAGCUUGAAUGUAUUUUUCAUUAUGAUUAA